CUUUUUGCUGCCGCAGCACCACCGAUCUCGUUCGAUCGCAGUGAGUGAUGGCGGAAUUGGAUGCUGCUGAGUCAAAAAUACGAAAAACGGAGCAGGUUGAAAUGGCGAAGGAAGCGUGCCUUCGCCUUAUGACGUAUGGAAAGUUGAUCGUGAUCAAACUGAGCAAUUUAAAGGAAGAAGUUGAUGUCAAAGAUUGGACUUGUUUGCCUCCACCACCGUUCGAGAUGUUUUUGGAUCUUCCAGAUCAUGAUAUGUGUCCCUUCGAGUUCGACUCCAAGAUCUAUAUGGCGCCGUCCGACAAGUUGAGCCUGCCGCGUGAAAUUGGCAGAGCCAAAGCCGUUUCCAUGGGGAAUCUGGUCGCCUGGCCAAUCUACGAAAUCAAAUUUGAGGAGUGCAGAAUUGCCCCUACGCUGGAUGGUGCACCCUUUCCUUUUUACAAAUCAUACAUCGCAAACACGCCAGGCUCAGGCGAUGUUUACUUCUAUAUAAAUGUGAGGCAACGGGUCAAAGAUGAAUCUAGAUUUUACGUUCUUUGUUCUGAUUCUAGAGUUUGGAAACCCUUGAUGGCUCCUGGGGCCGCCAUCAUUAGCGAGCCACAUGUCGAGAAUACCAUGUUCGUCCUCGACAACAACCUCUUUUUUUCAUCGUCCAGGGAGUUGGAGAGAGACUCCUAUUUGGCCCGCUUCGACCCCAUCAAAGAGACUUGGAUGGAUAUGUCUGCCGCUGAUAACAAUCUUUCGAACUUCAGAACGAGUAGACUCAUUAGCGGC